AUAGUAAGAAGUUGAAGAGAAAAUGCCUGUUCCGCUUAUCAGCGAAGGCGAAUACAUACCGCGGGUCGAGAACUUUGAUUCUCUUCAUCCAAACGACGACAAGCCGGUAAAUUGCCAACCAAAUAAUGUCUCACCAAACCAUCAAGCUCAUGCUAGAAUGUACCCAACCGAUGCAUCCCUACAUAUACCCACUCACAAUGAAGCAAAGACAAAUGGGAAUCACGCUUCUACAAAAGUCGUAGACGAGAAGAAGUUUUAUUUUCCCCCGUUUGAUGUAAAACACCGGGCCCAAAGUCGACCUAAUGAAGCAAAACAAUCUCCCUAUAUUUUUGCUGAGAAAAUAAAAAACCAUUGCGUGGUUGAACCACAUCAUGGCCAUAAACAUUACCAUAAGCAUGAAUACCACCAUGGUGAUAAUGAGAGCGACCACAUGUUUUGCUGUUUGGAAAAUUCGUGCACAGAACGCGACGAGAAUCCUGAAUUCGUGUCAGAUUGCGCGGAAGAGUUGAAAUACAGUGUUAAAGUCCAUGAUAGCGUGAUUAUCCACGAGGCACCCCUGCAGACAACGAAGCUUCGAGUGCAGAAUAUUUGCUGUCCCAAGGAGGGUCGUAUCGUGCAGGAGGAAUUAGGCAAGCUACCGGGGAUUAAUACCAUAAGAGUUAAUAUCCUAGGCCGUGUUGCAUAUAUAUCACAUGACCAGGACAAAGUAACACCGCCAGAAAUGCUGGAAGCCUUGAACAAACGCCAUCUUGGGGCGUCCAUUGUGGAUGCAGGGGCGGAGGCGGAAGUCGAUCAUGGAUUUCCUAGACAGCUUAAAAUCCUCCUUGCAAUCCUAGCUGUACAAGCUGUCUUAUUCGGCAUCGCGCUAGCAGCUAUGUUCUCUCAUGCCUCCUGGUACAUGUGGGUUGCUAUUGUUCAAAUUAGCUUCGGAAUGUUGCCGGUGUUAAAGAAGUGCUAUCACGCAAUCUACCAUCUGCAAAUCGAUUUGAAUGUUCUCAUUACUGUGACAGUGAUAGGCACGCUGGCCAUUCAGCAGUGGAUCGAAGGCGGAGCUGUGGUAUUCGUCUUUAUUCUGGCGAACUUUCUACAGGAGUUUUGUUUCUAUCGCGUCCACAAGACUAUCUCAAGUCUCAUGCUAGCUAAGCCUUCCAAAGCAGUCAUGGCCUGCACAGGGGAACUGGUACCCAUUGAAGAUGUUUCCAUUGGUAAGUAUUGUUGGAAAUUAGGCUCAUGCAGUCCCUUUUACCGAGUUUAACAAUAUUUUCCAAUAGGCAACUCCAGCUAUAGACUACGUUUUGAUCUAUAGGUAAGCUAUAAGAACAAAAUCUAUUACCACAGCUAGAAAGGGCAUGUUAAAAUUAGUAAAAUUGCAACGUUUGGCCACGAAAUGUUGUAAAAUGCGGAAAAUAUACAACCCUGCGAAAUUUGCAAAUUUUGUAUUAAUUUGUACAACUAGAAAAUACAUGCAUGCAGAAACCCUCGCCUUGCUGACAAAACCAAUGUUAUUUUCCGAACAUGGAGUAUCUAAGGUAGUUGUUAUGGUAACACGAUAAUUUUUUAAGAAUAUUCUUACAAAUGAAAAAUCGCCCAAAAAUAUCACUUUUAAUUACAGAAUUAUCAAUUUUCCAACAUAUGUAUGUUAGGUACGUAUUAUUAUUAUUAUUAUUAUUAUUAUUAUUAUUAUUAUUAUUAUUAUUAUUAGCAUGACAAAAUUACUGGAUUCUGAUUGGUUGAGAGGAGUACAAUUAUUUCAUUAAUUGUACUGCAGUACAAUUAAUGAUUUUCCCAAAACAAACAAAAUGGCGGAAAGAUAUUUUAAACACAAAUGUGAAAUGAAAUUGCCGUGGAGGAACUAGAUGAAAAUACGAACAAAAGCACCAAAUUUUACUUGAACAAAAGAAGUUACUCAAUGAAAAUACAAACAAAAGCACCUAAUUUUUGUUGAAAGUCUGGCAGGACUGGGCUUUGGCGAGAGAAUAUGAUGUUGAAAUUGAGAAGUACGUAUCCAAUUUUGUCAUGCUACUAAUAAACAAGUAAUCAUGCGAUGUUGCUCGUACAAUUAGGGAUUACUAUUUACUCGUGAUGUUUGGAAAUUUGCCAAAUUGGACUCGCUCCGGCGGCUCGUCCAAUUAUGGCAAAAUUUUCAAACAUCACUCGCACUAUUAAUCCCUAAUUGUACAAGCAACAUCGCAUGAUUACCUAUACAUAUAAACUUCAAUUUAAGGUAAAAUUCAACCACAAACGCUUCGCAAAACGUUUUAAAGUGUUUUUUAUAAAACUAAACUCGAGACUAAACUGCCUUUAAUUAAAUGGCUUUAUCGAUAAACUUCGAGUUUGCAAUAAAAUGAUUUCAAAUUCUUGCAUGCAAAUAACUUUGCUUUCUUUUUUAUUUAAAAAAUUCAAUAUAAUAAAAAAGGGAAUCAAUAUUAAAGAUACACUGAAAUUAUAUGCUGUCUUGUUUAGCUGUUUCAUAUACGCAAAGGCUGUCGGGUUUUAAAGCAAUUAUAUAGGCUACAACCAAUAUUUAAAACAAACUUACCUUCGUUAACGUCAGCUCCCUUCUUUUAGCCGAUUAUUUCGCCCUUUCUUUCUUUCUUGAAAUUUACAAAAUUUUGCAAAAAUGCGAGCAAAAAUGAAAUAUAUUUGCAAGAAAUUUAUUAAUCAUGCAUCAAGUCAAGAAAUGUUUGCUAUUUCGUUGUCGUCAUGCAGUCGUUAUAAUGCAAACCUUAAAUUUGACCAAUCACAGUGUUCGCUAUCAUGACAGUCCGCCAUAUUUUUGAGAUCAGUGAGGAUGACCACCCACGGACAAUAGCGAGCUUAAGCAUGUAGGACGGCAACACGACCACGACGGCGAAAACAAAUUCCUUCAAAUAAAUGAUAGUAAAGAAAACUUGUCGUAUAUUAUAAUUCCUAUGAAUUUAAUACAGUAUAGGAAGCUGAAAACAUUGGCUUUAUGUUUGGGAAGAGUUCUACUGACCGAAUUUUAAGUUGCACUUGUUACGGCUUGAAGUACAGACGUUGUAUAAAAGACGUGAAAAUCUGUGAUUUGCCGUUGUAAACAGAACGACGACCACGUCUGAAACUCUCCUGGGACUUUAAUUAUUUAUUUAUUUUCAUUGACUCAUUGUAUUUGUUGGCGUCGUCGUCGUGUUGCCGUCCUACACGCUUAAGCUCCCUAAUGAGCCACGCCCGCGAUCAUUGGUGAACUUUAGACUUCGCUAAUGCUUUCGUUUCCCCGGGUGUAAAUAGCCGGGGGAAUUAGUACCCUCGCACGGCGCUUUGCGCCGUCGGCUCGGGGAUUAUAGGGAAAAUGUACCACAUUUGGGCUGAAAGUGGUGCACUUCCCCGUGCGUAAUAUAAAUUAAUACAAAAUUUGCAAAUUUCGUAGGGCUAUAUUUUCCUUAUUUUACAACAUCUCGCAACCAACCUUUGCAGUUUUACUAAUUUUAACAUGCUUUUUCUAGCUGGGGUGAUGGAUUUUGUUCUUCUUGCCGAAAUAAAAAUUUAGUCCGUAGCUGGAAUCAUCCAUUAGGAAUAGCAACGAUUGACACACCAAUCAACGAAAAGUCCAAUUUAAGGAUAAAAUUUAUUUAUUUUAGCCAGUGCUUUAUAUAAUCCAGAAUCGAACUAGCGAGGAACGCUACGUGCCUGUUAUUUUAAACCGUAUUUAACACAAAGUUUCAUUAGGAGACAUUCAUUGAGGAAUUUUCUAUAGUGCGUAUUUGUGAUGAUAAGCGUUCAAAAUUAAAAGAUCUUUUUGACGUUCCUCUCAAAAUUACUUUGUUUUAACUUUAUUUUCUACUAGUUUAUGCAGUUAUUUUACUUAAUUCACCUUCAGAUAAUCUGUAGAUUGAGAAACAUGAUAAUAUAAAAUUGACCGCAUGUGUACAGCAAUAUAAGCAAAGCGUAUACUGAAGUAUAGACAUCGUUUUCUCUUUAGCGUACCACAUGCACUAAAAUCUCUUUCUUUUAGCAUUAUAUCGCAAAUAAGAUACUAAACAUAAUUUUUUGCUUCAGAUUGAAAAACGUACAAACAUUAAGAAUUUUGAAUGUAUAUUUUGAGCGUGUUAGUUUUAAGCGGGUGUUAUCAUACAAAAUAAAUAAACUCCUCAUAAACUGACAACGGAUAGUCCGUAUAGACACAGCACUAUUCAGACUAUAGAAUAGCGCGCUAUACUGUUAUGGUUUAAGGAGCAAACCACACUUGAUAUUUUAAUUUAUACUACGGCUAAGCUAAUGCCGUAUUCAAAUACAACAAGAAGCCUGCUCAGGCGUUCGCGAUGGCCGAAAAAUGAAAACAUGCAUGUCAGACUGCAACAGAAAGCCAACAGAAAAGAGAGCUUAGAAUGUGAAUUGCCUGGUAGAUCAGGUAUAAAUUACAGACAGCUAACAGCCUUUUUUUAGGAUAUUUCCUUGCAGGGGGGAAGGGACUAUCUCCAAAAGUGUUUUCUUAACCACUGUGUCACUGUGGCAGAGCAUAUAGGUCAGAUUAGUAGGAUUUAACAAGCAUGCAAGAAGGCAUGACCCUAGCUAUAAUGAUACUAAUCUGGAGCGGAGGGGCCAAAAUUAAUUUUGCGGAGUGGCAGAAGGGGAAACUCGGGGGAGGGAACAAAUGGUCCCAGGACGUUCGCGGUGCACCGCCCGCGGCCAUCGCAAUGACGGGUCGUCCGUCAAGACGUUGGCAAUUUCGUGUGAGUAGAGAAACAUAUUAUAGGCAGCUAUGGUUCGUCAGAGGCGUAGCCAGGAUUUUUGGACAGGAGGGGCAGCCAAAACCCAGGUGGGGGCAAAAAAAUUUCCGGACCACAACAUUUUAAAUCUCUCCCCCCCCCGUCGACAACGGUUUUGGUAAAAAAAAUUUCCGGAGAAUAACAUUACAAUUGCUUUCGUAGCACUUUUCCCGAUUUCCGUAUCACUUUUUCCGAUGCUUCACGACGAAGAUUCCGACAACAUUGACAAUAGAUAGCUUAAGAGGCUGUCUCCCUAAAAACCACUCAUAUAUUUUAGGUAAAAAGCAAACCCACCUAAAACUUUAUGACCAGGAAGGUUUGAGCUUUUAAUUACCUGAAUCGGUUUUAUUUUUCUCAAAUAUUUUAUUUUUAUCCAGAUAUAGCGAUCAAUAGUCCCAGGGAUCUCGGAAGCAAAAUGGCGGCCGUCUAAAGACGACAUUUCCUACUAAUUCGGUUGCCGCAUACGCGGAACUCUGACUUCCAAUCUCAAUCUUGAUUUCAUGUAUUAUUUAUUCAAAACUUUGCACAACGUAACCACGUCUGAUCCGCCUUGUCUGUAAGGCCAACACACCACGUCGAGUAGAAUUUGAUAUUCCCGAAUCUGGAUUGAAAUUUCCACAACUAACUACCAUAGUUGUGUUAUAUAAUAAUUAGUUGAAUAAUAUAAUAUGUUAUUUCGUGUGGAUCUGUUUGCGUUUCUUCAACAGAAUGCUGUCAAUAUCCAUCAAAUUCGGCUUAAUUCGCAAACGGAAACAAUUGGCACUGCCAACUGUUCAAGUACUGUUGGCCAGAAUAAUUCGCUAAAUACUUACGAGAGCACAUGUCAAGUAUUGUGUUUUAAAAAAGCAAUGUUAAGUAGUUUCAAACUAAAAACUACUUGAAACUUCUGGGAAAUCAUAAAUAUAGAAAAUAUCUUGAUUCUAGCACAUUGCCAACAACAGAAAACGACAGGUCACGCACACAGUUGACCAUUACCUCUAUGCCAUUACGUUUAAUGUUUUACGCGUUGUACCUUGCAAGUUUGGUAAACAAAUGUGUGAUGAUGAAAGUUUAGUAAAAACCGGGAAUAUUCCGUAGUGACCAGGAAUAUUCCUGCUUUAUAUAUUUCUGCUAUUAUCAAAAAUCUUAUUAUUUAAAUACUUUCCCAUAUAUUUUUCCCGCAUCACGGUACUAUACUUCCGGUAUGCCGCAUAAUUGAAAUCAACAUACAUAUGUCAUCAUUAAUUUUCGUCACUGGGCGCUUCUAGCUUUUAGAUCGAUGCUUUUUCCAAUAUUAUAUUAUUGCAAACGUAGUUCUGUCGCAUUAAUAUUAUAUUUCAGAUUCUUCAAUCAGAACGUUCUGCUCCUCUUUUUUGAUAGCUUCGAGUUGUGCCUUCUUCCUGGCUUUUGCUUCCUUACUGAUCCUAGCAAGCCUACGCCCAGCCUCCACCCUUCUGGGAUCCUUGACGCGGAUCUUUACCGGAUUUGUGACAGGUACUGCCGUUGUAUCUGGGUUUGCUUCCGACAUGGUUCCUUUUUAUUUAUAGCAGGAUUUAACUAACUUGCGAGUGGUCUUAAAUCUAGUCAGGGGUAUCUCACGAGUAGAUCUGAGUUAACUUGCAAGUAGAUCUGAGUUAACUUGCAAGUAGAUCUGAGUUAACUUGCAAGUAGAUCUGAGUUAACUUGCGAGUAAUCUUAAGUCUGCUCAGAAGUACCUCAAAUUCAGAAUCAACAGUUUAUAGACAAGACUUCCUACAUAUAAACAAAGGAACCAUGGAACGAUCAGUCAUAAGGAGAAAACGUAGGCAUGGAUUAUUCAUCGACUGCCACGAAAAAGUAACACGGAUCGAAAGGAUGUGUAAAAGGGUCAAUUAUGAGGACAUGAUGUUUAUUGUAGAAAAAAUCGAUCACGAAAAUAGAAAAUUGAUAAGAUAUGGUUUCGGAAGUGGGUUAAUGGGAAAAAACGCUGAAAUACGUAAAGUAAUGCCGGACAUAGCAUGGAGAGGGGAGGAGGGUAUACUAGUUAUCGCUAAACAGCGAAACAUGUUACAUCAGAAACACAAAGGAAAAGGGAGACGUGAUCAACCUGGGUCCUGCUGACUUCCUUACCCCCGGCAACUAUAAAGGAAAGAAGCUAAACGAAAUGGGAGUUGUCCUACCAGGAUCUAGUCAGGCUGCCAAAACCUAAGUGACGCAAUUGUGGAUCCUCUGCCUAAAAAUAAGCAUUUUAAACCUGAAAGCGGUGUUUUUGCCCUAAAAUAGGGUGUUUUCAUACACCUUCAUGCUAAAAUCUAGCCAGGUAGUGACCUGGUGGGGUUUUCAGACCAUAGGACGCAGGUGCGGACGACCUGUCCUAUAGAUGGAAUCAACAGCUUAUAGACAAGACUUCCUACAUAUAAACAAAGUAACCAUGAGACAAUUCAGGAAGAGGGCCCAACUUUACUUUAACUGUUCGAAAAAAUGGAUCAUAUUGAAAGGAUGCUUAGACGGGUGGAAUACAAGGACAUUGUGUUUAUCAUGGAAAUCGGUACCGGUUACGGUCCGGCAAGGCUUAAAGUUAAGUUCGGAAUGGGGUGGAUGGGAAAGGGGGCCGAAAUCCAUGUCGUAAAUAAUUUGGGAGAACCAAAAGGUAUUAGGGUUUCAAUAACCAUUUCGGAAUUCACGCGGGUGUACUAUUGCCGCAUCGAAAAUCAGAAGGAUAAAAAAGAUAAAAUCUAUCUAGAUGUGCCGAACGGCAUCAGCUACCCCUACACCCGCUUCCUCUACCCCAGACUCUGGCACAUGGUAGAGCGACAAGAGGAAGCAGAAGAAAUGGAUGAAAUACGUAGGGAGAUAAUGGAAAUGUCGGACGAGGUACUGAACUGGGAGGAGGAAAUGCUGGACGAUAUGCAGAUAGAAUCCGAAAUGGAAGAAGCCCUUCAGGGUCAAGUUGAUUAGGGUUGCCAGGUAGUGAUCUGGUUGGGUUUUCAAGUCUAGGAACGCAGGUGCGGAAAAUAUGUCUCGCAAACAGAAUCAACUUUUCCAAAACAAAUCCUAUACAAUAAAGGGGACAUCUCCCAUACGUCCGAUCGUCCGAAAAACUUGGAAGUAUUCAUUGCUUUUUCAAACCUUUUAGGUCUGGAAAAACAGAAUCAACCUUAAAACCACCUUAUAGAUAAGUUUUGCUAUAUAAUAAAAGCAAUGAAUACUUUUAAUCCAAGUAUUCCAAUUUCGGACAGAAAAUUCGAAUCCAUUGAACGAAUGAGGACUAACGUCCUUGAGAAGGCCAGGGAGAGAGGUCUAGAAAUAGAAGGGAAAAUUAACAACCACUUCGACGAACUGAUCAAGAAGGAGAAGAGGAAGAUCGUCGGAAAGGAAGUUAAAUCGGCAGCAAGACAGUUCCGGAAACGGAGAAAACAAACCGAGGCCGACGCGAAAAGGGAAAUAAGGGAUGCAAAGAAGUGGAAGAACGACAUCGCUAAGGAAGAGAAAAAACGCCGAAAGGAAGUUACGGACUGGAAAGCCGAGGCCCAAAAGUGGAAGAAGGAAACACAAUUAACGACUACGGCGGUACGCAAGAGCCCGGGAAAGACGGGCCGAGGAAAACCGUAGGAUUGCAGAGGGUAAGUGGAAGGGUAAGAAGAAAUGCGCCAAACUCCAGCUAAAACUUGAGGACAAACUAAACAAAAUCCGCAACCAGCGAAGCAGACUAAGUUUUACCCCCAACCAUCACAGACAUCAAACAUGCACACGGUAAAACGUUAAGGGGGUACACAAUCCCGGUAACCGCCCCAUUAACCCACAAACAGGUCAUAUCCUUAUCAAAAGAGGAAGUCCUAAAACUAAUUGAUUCCCUGAAAAAGCCCAUAAAGGUACAAAUCAGACUAGAAUGCAUUAUGGAAAAAACAGAUCCCAUUACAGGAGAAGUCACUACGGACACCUACUACCCAAGUAGCUUCACAUCCAGCAUCUUUCCCACGACCAACACCUCAGAGAAGUACGACGAAGCGACCGAAAAAAUCUCAAAGGAUAUAUCCGAAUACCAGAAGAGCGGAUCGGGAUGGACCCUAAAGAAAACCAUCAAAAUGAUUAUAAAGGUCACAAAGUACCAGAUCGUGAGGGGAGCCGGAUUUUCCGAACUCCCUAAAUUCAUUACUAGAAAGAAGACGGUCAUCAACAUAAAGAACGAAGACGACAUGUGCUUCAAGUACGCGGUCACACGUGCCCUACACCCAGUAGAGAAGAAAGCAAACGUUGUCAGCAAACUUCUCAAGGAACAAACCGAAAACUACAACUGGGAAGGACUAACAUUUCCGGUUGCUGUUAAGGACGUAAAAAUAUUCUCAAAAAAUAAUGACAUUGGAAUUAACGUUUUUGGUAUGGAGGAGAUCAUGGAAACAGACCCGGAUAGUGAUCGUCUGAUAGCAGCAAAAUACGUCCAACUGCUAACGGAACCGACCGAGGAGUACGAAAAGGUCAUCAACCUCUUUUGGCAUGAUGACCACUUCAGCACCGUAAAGUGUCUAAGCCGACUCCUCUCCAUUCAGGUAAGUGGGAAUGGUAGAUCAGAACAUUUCUGUCCGUACUGUCUAAAUCAUUUUGGAACAGAACAACUUAUGAAUAGUCACACCAAGGAUUGUUGUGAAAGUCGACAGCGAACAAUAUUUCCGGCUGCAGUAGGCGAUACAAAGGCAAACGGGAAGAAACAGGAGGAAAAACCAAUAAUAACGUUUAAAAACCACAAACACACCACGGAUGUACCGUUCUCAAUACAAGCCGACACCGAAUGUAUGAUCAUGGAUAUUCCGGACAAACACUGGGAAGACAAAAAAGUCGGACUAGGCACAAGAAAGAGGUUCAGAAAAGUACACGUACCAUAUAUGGCCGGAUUCGACAUCACAUCAAACAUGAAAACCGAGGGAUUCGAACCUACCAUGGUUAUCAUCAGAAAAAAGGACGACGACCACGACCUCAUGAAGGAAUUUUGUAAAGCAAUGUCGGAAGCCGCCGCAAAGCUGUACGACAAACACUUCAAAUCCAAGUUUCCAAUAAAUAUGUCUCCGAAGGACGAAAAAGACUACAACUCAAGCGAAAGAUGCUACCUGUGCUCUGGACUAUUCAACCUCGUUCCCAGGCUCUUUGUUCUUGGGAAGCAAAGACCCUGGUCGGAGCUGGUCACGUGACCCAUAGAAAAUUGAUAGCCCAAGAGGGGGAUGGAAAAGUCUCAUAUUACAUGUUUCCACUUCCGCAAUUUGCAGUUCGAUUGCAAGGAGUGGCCGUUCUGUACAAUCAUCUAAUUCAUCUUCGAGAAUCAUAUAUACCUCAAACUACUUGCUAAAUUGGUUUCUGUUUGCUUUUAAAUUAUACAAACAUGCUAAAAUGCAGAUUCUUAUAGCAACAGAAAAUUCAGGAAAUCAAGCAACGAGAAUGUAUGACUGUACCGUCUGUACGCUUUGAAAUAUUUUUAUUUUCUCGGGGUUCGCCGGUUCGGGCGUAGUUAAAUUUCACGCGUACGUUUCUGUUCUGGCUCUGAUAUUUAUAAUAUGCUUAUUAUAUGCCAAUGAAUUGUUCUGAUAUGGACACGGUAUAAAUUUUGUUAAACAGAUGUCUCAAAAUCGACUGUUUAUAGGUCGUAGGAUUAGCGCCUUGCCGGUCUUAAACGUGACACAUUUGGACACAAGCCAAAUACACAUUGAAUAUCCAUUCUAUUGAUUCUAAAACUGUUUAUAGACAUAUUGCUCUAGAUUUUUUUUAAAAGGUUAUCAUCGUUUAUAUUAAACACCAGGAAGAUAAAAUAUAACGUACAAAAUUGUUUGAAAUCGACAGUGCACAGCUGACAUACGACAAUUCAUUAUUCUCAACUGCAUGAAUUUCCUUUUUUGUCUGCACGAGUACCUGUUGGUUGAAGCCAAAAUAUUGCACAGCAUCUCCUAUAAAUUAUAUCGCCAUUUACCCUCUCCCCUUAAAUGCAAAGGAAUGACAGCAGAAAAGGUUUAGCAAAGUAUUUUUAUUACAUCUGGUAUAAAGUGUCCUACGUUUUAUCAGGGAUAUACAUAAUUCAUAAACUGUACCGGGUGUCCCAAAAAAAAGUACUCCUGUUCGAUUCGUAAUAACUUCCAAACAAGUAAAGAUUUUUUAGAGAAAUAACUUGCAUUAAAUAGAGAAAGGACUAACUUAGAUUUUGAUAUAUUACAGUUGUAUUUAACUUAAAAAUUCACGGAGAUAUUAAUCUUUAAAAUCGGGAGCAUAUUUCUGGAUGUGUCUGAAAUAUGCAAAAAACGGCGUAUCAAAUAUUAAUCAAGAUUUGCCCGACUGAAACAUGCACGAUUACCAGUAAAUAAAUGACACUUGACAAAUUGUUUAUUAUGAAACAAAGCAUUAUUAUAUCUACAAAAUACAAGCAAGAUUUAUUCGUCCGAAAUUCGCGUAUGUUCCUAGCACGAAUACGUUUCCUUAUUUCAUGAGACCACUGCAUCUCGAAGGAUUGUCAUGGAUCGUUCAUAGUUCUGAAUUAGGGCAUGCUGUCACAAUGGAAUUGUGAAGCACUUCUAACUUCUGUAACGUUUUGAAAUCUUGUUAAGAACACCCAAACUCUUUUGCCUUUUCUUAAUCUUGGCAAGUUCAGAGUAAACUGAGAAUUAUAUGAAACACAAUCAAACCAUAUAACUCCAUAAGACAUAACAAUUAAGCAACUCCCCAGAGACAUGCAACAUUUUUGGAACAAAACCUAACAAAAUAGUAGCGUUGAUACGGUGAUGUGUAUUUGCAAAAACCAAUAUUAUUUCCUUCAAUAAAGAAUAAUAUUCAUCCUGCUCUAACCGAGAAAUAAUCAACUCAGUCUGUUUGAACCCAUUAAAAACAUAAAAAAUUAGGCUAUUUAAGAAAAAUUUAAGCGCCUGCCUUCCAUGGUCUUUCAUGUACUUUUAAGUUUGUGAAGACCUAAUAUUAAAUACUUGCAUAAUUUCGAACGUUCAUAUUUCAGGAAACAAUGAGCUAAGACUUACAUGUAAGAUGUCUAAAUCUACGCCAUAUCCCUUACAAACCCUAACGAUAAUUCGCUGAAAUACAAGUUAGCCUGAUAUGUCAUUAAGCAAACAAAUUAACGCUGGAGUUAAUAUUUGAUAUGCCGAUUUUUGCUAAUUUUAGACACAUCCCAAAAUAUGCUCCCGAUUUUGAACAUUAAUAUCUCCGUGAAUUUUUAAGUAAAACACAACUGUAAUAUAUCAAAAUCUAAGUUAGUCCUUCCUCUAUUUAAUGCAAGUUAUUUAUCUUUAAAAGCUUUACUUGUUUAGAAGUUAUUACGAAUCAAACAGGAGUACUUUUUUUUGGGACACCCGGUAUAUGAUGCACACGUACAAAGUCUCGCUUAUAUUAAUGAGUUUUACAGUAACAAACCUUUUAAAGUUUCCAUUGAUUGAUAGGUUGUUUGCCUCCAAUAUUUUUUGGUAAAACAGAUUAAACUUUUAAAAUGUCGCUUAUAUUACAGAAUACGUUAAGCAUUAAAGUUGAUUUAAAUAUUGAUAACUCACAGCGGCACUAAUCCAUUAUACAAGUCUAAAAAAGCUGGAUUAUUCUUCAAAAAAGCCCUCAAUGGACAAUGCCAAUGUCAAUGAAAGGUCUAAUAUUAUACAUGUUGCAAAUUACUGUAUACACAAAAUAUGAAAUAAUUUAUAUAAAGUACAAUACCAGUGUCUGGUGCAUAUAUCGUCCUAGAUAUUCAAGUUGUACCGCACGCACGGAAACGCACGGAGGAGUCUUGGCGUUUGUGUGAUAACAGAUAGCUAGCUACACUUCGACAUUAUUUUUCUUGAUCGUUGAGUUUCAGCAAUGUAAAUGAAAUGAAUUUUAUAGCCAGUCCAUAACGGGUUUUAAUCCUGUGCUUUAGCUUUUACAGUCAAAAUAGCACUAUUGUUUACACAUGUUGGCGAUGUUUGGGAAAUCAAAGGAUCCCGUUAUAAAAUAAAUCUUUUGUUUUGAAUAUCAGACAGGAUACACUUCAACUAUAAAGAACCAUAUCGUUCGUUUAAUACCGUUUGAUCGAUCAGUCUGUGUAGAAGAUAUAUAUGUUUCUACGGCGAUACGUGCUAAACUUCGCAAGCCAGGCGCGUGUGGAGUGUUUUCCUUGCAAGUGAAAUAUGAUCCAGCUUCUCACUUGAAAUGUAACGCAACACUUAUUAUUGAUGACAUUGAGGAUAGCAGGAAGUCUUUGUCAUGAUCGGUACGAAUUUAGAGCAGUUCCUUUCACAAUCUCUUGUUGCAAAUUACAUUUUUAUCAUCCGAAAUUAUAACACAUAAAGUUGCAAUUUUCCAAACGCAACAAACAGACUCCUCUACUACCCCUCCCUGAGGUCAAAUUCAAUUUACCCCCAAAAUCUGGGGGUUCACGUGACCAGCUCCGACCAGGAUCUUUGCUUCCCAAGAGCAAAGAGCCUGGGAACGAGGUUGGGAACUAUUUUACCCAGACAGCGGCAGCAUAUACCGAAAAGUCAGGGACCACUGCCACUUCACGGGAAAAUACCGGGGAGCAGCACACAGCAUAUGCAACAUAUGGGCAAGUAAGCCAGACUUCAUCCCGGCACUAUUCCACAACCUUGAAGGCUACGACGAGCAGCUCUUCCUACCCAGCCUAGCCGCAAACGGGGAAAACGUAACAAGCAUCCCCUUAAGCGAGGAAAAACAGAAGAGCAUCUCCAAAGAAGUCCUAAGGACCAACGUACCAGGAAACAAAGACGGCAAAACAAAGGCCUUCAACCUGAGAUUUAUCGACAGCGCCAACUUCCUACAAUCCUCCCUACAAAAACUGGCAGAAAACCUACCCAAGAACGGAUUCAACUAUCUGGAGAAAUUCGUCGGAAAGGAUCCAAUCCUAAAACAGAAGGGUGUAUUCCCAUACGAAUACAUCGACAGCAUGGAAAAACUGAACGAAACAUGCCUUCCCCCCUAGGAAAAAUUCUUCUCGUCGCUAACAAACGAAGGAAUAUCCGACGAGGAUUACACCAGAGCACAUGAGGUGUGGAACAGAUUUGAGUGCAAGACCCUAUGGGAGGUCUACCUCAAAACGGACAUCACCAUUCUCACAGACGUAUUCGAAGACUUUAAAGUUCACCAGAGUAAAACUAGACCAAAUAACCGAUCCGGAUAUGUACCUUAUGAUCGAAAAGGGCAUACGUGAUGGAAUAUGCAUGGCCGUAACGAGAUACGCCAAAGCAAACAACCCACACCUAAAGGACUACGAUCCGAACAAAGAGAAAAGCUACUUCCGCUACUGGGAUGCUAACAACCUCUACGGAUCUGCCAUGUCAAGACCCCUUCCAGUUCAGAACUUUAAAUGGAUGACGGAAGACCAAUUCGAAAAAUGGCGCGACUACCCAUGCUUUCUGGAAGUCGACCUGGAAUAUCCGGACAGCCUCCACAGCCUUCACAACGAUUAUCCCCUAGCACCCGAAAGGAUGAAGAUCGGAAAAGUCGAUAAGCUAAUAUGUAAUCUUAACGAUAAGGAUAGGUACGUCGUCCACCACAAAACCCUAAAGUUCUACCUCAAACUCGGGCUGAAACUCAAGAAGAUACACCGUGGAAUAGAAUUCGACGAGGAAGACUGUUGAGAUAUACGACUCGAAAGUUGAGAUAUACGACUUCUGGUACAACUACGCUAAACCCACAUGGAACGAUAAGGUCAGACUGGUCAUGACAGACACAGACAGCCUAUUCGUACACAUCAGGACAGAUGAUGUGGAUGCAGACAUUCUCAAAAGAGGUGACCAUCUCAAAUACUUCGACCACAGCAACUACGACGAAGACCACCCAAUGUACUUUUCUGACAACAAAAUGAAACUCGGCUUCAUGAAAAACCAAACGGGUGGAGAGGAGAUAAACGACGCGUGUGCCAUACGAGCAAAGAUGUAUGCCUUCAGGAUGAGCGAUGGAUCAGAGAAAAAGAAGGCAAAGGGUGUUCGAGGGUAUAUCGUAAAGGGUGGUCUUACAUUCGACGACUACGUCAACUGCAUGAACGAUCCCGGAAAGAAACAUAUGGUGGAAAUGAACGGACUCCGUAGUUACCAUCAAACUAUGUACUCCGAAAACGUCAACAAAGUCGGACUGUCCGCAAACAACGACAAACGCAUCAUCUGCGAAGACGGAAUACAUACCAUGGCAAUAGGACACAUGGAUUUAAGACAGUAGAAAUCCUAACAAACCGAUUUUAAUAUUCAAAGGAACAUUAAAAUUUGAAUGGAUUCAGGUACUCAUCUAUUUACCCCUAGUCGAACGCAAAAGCCUCUUCCAAGGCUCCGCCUUCCUUUCCCUCAGGUAUACCCCCUUCUGAAGUAGUACCUGAACGGAUACCAUAUCCCCGGACACAUAUAUGCUUGGAAACCUAACCAAAGCAUCCAGAUGGAAGUGCUUGUCGAUGGGUUUCAUGGGAUCUGUAUCCCCUUCCCCAUCCUUAUACAUCUCCGUGGUCUUGUCGAUUUUUGCGUAUAGGACGGGUUGUUUCCCACUCCGAUACAAGCAUCUUAUGACUUUUGUUUCGGACUUUCCGACCUCUUCGGCACAUCUUCUCUCCAGUACUUCCAAGGCCGAUAAGAAGUCCUUGUGGUCUCCAACCGCCAGUGGGAUGGUGAAGUUCUUCCCAAACUUCUUGUCCUUAUUGAUCCCGUAAGCCAAUUAAGCAGUCCUUCAGCUGGAGGAGUAAGGGUCCGCCAUCCUCCGCCACAAGUCCAAUGCUUUCAGACCCAAAUCUGUUUCCGACAGGUUCCUCAAAGUCAAACGAGUCUCCGGAGAAGUCUGAUACUCUGGUAAUUGACAUGGUCCCUUUUAUUAUACACAAACUUUUCUCAACCAUUUACUCCACCAAAACUCCAACAAGCAUGCGGGACGCGGCGGGUGCGGCGGGCUUGCGGGCGAUGUGGGGGACGGUGUGAAGGGGCUUCCGAAAUACCGGGUCAACACCCACGAGGAUUUGCGGCAAACUGUCAGAGCACGUCUGUGCGUACUUGCGUGCUUGCGUGUUCGCGACCACGGAUGCGCGAGGACGGGGGGGUCCGGCAGGCAGAGGACCCCUAGGGCGGCGCGGGGAAUUUGGCAACCGGAAGUGACGUCAUCGAUUCUAUUCCGGGAAGGCGGAAUUCCGGGAAUGGGAUUCCAGGCGUGCCCGUACUUGCCCGGAUCCACUAUAAUUCUCCUUACAUGAAGUAUUAACCAAAGAGUAGCCAGAAUCCGCAUAUUGACACUACUCACACGAAAUAACAUAUUAUUUAACAAUUAUUCGCCGAAGGCGAGGUGAUUAUCGGUGAAUAAAAACCGAGACGAAGUCGAGGUUUUUAUUCACGAUAAUCACCGAGCCUUAGGUGAAUAAUUGUUUUAGUAUAAUUUCAUAGGUGAUUAUAUGGAAAAAAUAAAAAAAUACACAUUUCUUCGUCAUUUAAUUGACAAAAAGGCUUCGGCCGCCAUUUUGAAAAUCGCUUAGGUGAUUAUCGCGUAAUAAUCACCUCAACGGCAACCAAUCAGCGUGGAGAAUUUUCAAUAAUCACCUAUGUAAUUAUACUAAAACUAAUUAUUAUAUAACACAACUGUGGUAGUUAAUUGUGGAAAUUUCAAUCCAGAUUCGGGAAUAGCAAAUUCUACUCGACGUGGUAUGUUGGCCGUACAGACAAGGCGGAUCAGACGUGGUUACGUUGUGCAAAGUUUUGAAUAAAUAAUACAUGAAAUCAAGGAUGUUAGUAUUAACGAUAAAUUUCAACCACUUGUUGUUAAAAAAUAUCCAACCGGAAUUGAGAUUGGAAGUCAGAGUUCCGCGUAUGCGGCAACCGAAUUUAGUAGUUUUCAACCGCCAUUUUGCUUCCGAGAUGCCUGGGACUAUUGAUCGCUAUAUCUGGAUAAAAAUAAAAAAUUUGAGAAAAAUAAAACCGAUUCAGGUAAUUAAAAGCCCAAACCUUCCUGGUCAUAAAGUUUUAGGUGCGUUUACUUUUUACGUAAAAUAUAAGUGGUCGGUUUUUAGGGAGACAGCCUCUUAAAAGAUCUACGACUUCGACAUCAGCUAGGACGUCAGGGUUAAGCAGAGGCAGUGGACUAGGACGUCGUCCUAAAUCAAUAAGAUUCACGACGUAGACAUUUAAACUAUAAAAAACAAUAAUAAAUAAUAUUUAAAAUUUAUAUAGCGCAAAAUACAUAUGUAUAUGAUCUAAUGCGCUUAAAUAUUCACAUCCUUUUGAAAAUGAAUUUAAAGGAGACGGUGAAUUCAUUACCAUUAUCGUUUGUUGUGCUCUUGUAUCCACGACAGUAAAACUCUUGUUGUUACGUUGUCGACGUUUGGUGGAGCACGAGCAAAUUGAGAGAACACAUGCACACUUCAAAAACUAUACCAAUUUACUUCCGCUUGUCGCCCAAAAUGUUUGACGUCGUGGAUCUUGAGCUAUCGACUUAUUUAGGACGACGUCCUGGUCCCAGUCCUCUGCUUUGCCCUGACGUCCUAGCUGACGUCGACGUCGUAGAUCUUAAGCUAUCUAAUUUUCCAACGGGUCUCAACAUGAAGCUAUAUAAUCAAGGAUUCCCUUUUUUAUACAAUACAUUUUAUCAGUGGGGCCCCAAAAUUUUGCCAGGGGGGCCGGGGCCCCGGCCCCAGCACUGGCUACGCCUCUGUGGUUCGUCUCAACAAAUCGACAGCGAUCUCCUCUCUUCUCGAAUUUCAUCUAGAGGGAUACGAUCGUCAGUCUCUAGUCUACAGUUAAUCGCUUAUGAGUUUGAACCAUUAGUCAUUACAUUUAACCACAACGUCAAAGUCAACAUUGUCAAAUAUGCAUGAUCAAUUUGUGGCCUUCAACUAGUUAACGUAACGAAGCAGUAGAAAGAGGCCAAUUAAAGUCGUUCGCGUACCCAGAGCUAAGACGUCUUGUCGCCCUACACAAAAAGAUUACGCUAUAGGUACCAGAAUGGAUCAAUUUCAGAAAAUAAUGUUGAAAGUAAUAAAAGAAAAAUAGGUAAAUUUGAUCCGCGGGUUGACCAUUAUCUGCUACAUGAUAGUGCUUAGAAAAACCCAGUUAUUUAAUCAGAGCUUUCUAACCACACAACGUUUUUCUGGUUCUUGUUUAGGUUCUAUAAUAGCAGUGCGUCAAGGUGAACUGAUUCCAUUGGAUGGAGUAGUGGUGAAAGGUAGCGCAUCUGUAGACGAGAGCUCAAUUUCAGGCGAAGCUGCGCCCGUGGAGAAAACUCUGAAGUCCCAAGCAUACAGCGGUACUGUUAUCCAACAUGGCUACCUUGAACUGGAGACAACCUCUUCAUCAACGUCAUCAACGAUUUCAAAAAUUGCAGCGAUGGUGCAAGACGCGCAGAUGAAUGUCUCGCCAACUGAAAUAAUGAUGAAUAAAUUUGCGAGCUAUUAUACCCCCUUGGUCGUGCUACUCGCCGCCAUAGUCUUCCUGAUACCCUUGAUUUUACAUCUCUCUGGUGUGUACGGGGGCAGUAUCAAGACUUGGGGAGAACGAGCGCUCAUCGUGUUGGUCACCGCUUGUCCAUGCGCUCUCCUGAUGGCCACGCCUGUGGUAGUUAUCUGUGGAAUAAGCGGUGGGGCACGCCUUGGGACGCUGAUAAAAGGAGGCACUUUUCUCGAAGCUCUCUCCCAAAUCGAAUUUCUCGCAUUUGAUAAAACAGGGACUUUGACCGAAGGAAAAUUUCAGGUGAGAUUGAAUUUGUGUGUUUGGCGGCAAAUUUAUGCAAUAUGAAUAUUUAAUAUUAUUUCUUACAUACUCUAUAUAAAAUAUUCCUAAUUCUGUUCCCAACUUCGCAAUUCGAAGUUUCCGCUCGCUACUCUGGUUUUAGUAAAUGAAUGCAAUACCCGGUCAAAUUGCAUUCGCGACCUAACGUUUCGACACUCCAGCAUAGUGCUUCUGGGCAACGUCUUUGUCCAUAGUGAUUGCUAUUGAUAAUUAACAAAUCGAAUAGGUUUUGUGUUCAUUGACAGUAUAAAAACCAUGCAGAGUAGCGAACGAAAUUAUGAUAUUAUACCUGGUUGCCGUGAACUCGCAAACUCUAUUAAAUUUCUAAACUUUAUAUUCUUGGGUUUUAUGGAGCAGAUAUUGGCAUGUUCAUAUAUUUUAAUAGGUUUGAUAACACAUAUUCGUUGUUACGGUCACACACGCGUGCGAAAUUCAUUCUACAAAUAGCCUACAGAGCGUUUGCACAUGACUUCACAGCCGCCAUGUUGGUGUUCCAAUUCAAUUAAAAGAAUUUUAUUCAGACUCUUUUGUCUGGAACACCAACAUGGCCGCCAUGGCUUUUGUUCAGUUGGUCCCUGGGGAAUAAGUGCCAACGUUCUUUUGUUUCGUGUGCUUAAAAAAGGAGCACCGACUUUUUCAUGCAUCGUUUUACUAACAACAGCCAGAAUAUUAAAAAAUUCUGUAAUGGCAUUUUCUUUAAUAACUAAAAACGAAAUACUUCCGUCAAUUUUUAAUUUUUGGUACAACGAAAGACACUUAUAACUUAUAAAAUACAGCAUGCAAAAUUUGAACAUAAGUUUGAAGAUGGCGUGAGCAACUGACCAUGUUAGGUGAUCGAAAAUUCUUUAGCUCAUAUUCCCGCGGAAACGAAUGGUCACGCGGGUUUGUUCGAAUAGCAUAAAGUUUUGCGAGGAUUACUAUAUCAGAGCCACCUUAAGUAAUAUUAGUUGCAUUACUCCUUUCAACACAAGACGAUUCAACUGGUGAAUGAAAAAAGUGUUGCCUAUUUUAAAAUGGUUAUUUUUUUCUAUGACUUAGUCUUGAGUGUGGUCGGUUCAGAACGUUGACCUUGUACAGUUUAUCUUAAGGUGGUUGAUCUUAUGACAGCAAGUAAAGAUGAAGAGAAUGAUGUGAUGCGCUGGGCAGCCGCUUUGGAAAGCAAAUCAAGUCAUCCGUUAGCGGCAGCCGUUGUGACCGAGUUCACGGGAGAGUGUGUUGCUGAUUUCGUGAAUGAUGUCGAAGAGAUCCAACUGCCUGAUGUCAGCAACUUCAAAACGAUGGAAGGCCAAGGUAUAUCUGGAGUUGUCGAGGGUCAUUUUAUCGAUAUUGGCAACCCGGCAAUGUUGGAAAGAUUGGACGUGAAGCUAACCCCUGAAUUUGAGACUGAAUACGAUAGACUCUGCGCCGAAAGCAAAACCGUUGUGUUCGUCUGUGUUGACGAGGAACUGGCACUAAUGAUCUCAUUGGCUGAUAUCAUACGCGAGGAGUCUCAUUUGGCUCUUAGAUGGCUUCAAGAUUUAGGCGUGCAUCUGGCUAUGUUGACCGGAGACUCCAAGGAGACGGCAACCGCUGUACAAAAGCAACUCAAACUCGACUCGUGCGUCUCAGAGAUGAAGCCGGAUGAUAAGCUGAAAUGGAUUACGAAUAUUAAAGAGGAACAUACGCUCAGGAAACGCCGCUGUUGUAGAGGG